UGUAAAUGACUACCGCAGGACCGACCCGACCGAGCCCUUAGAUAAUCUCAUCUGCGUUGUGGCUGUGCGCCCCGUCCAUGUGACGCUCUCCUUCUCCCUUAUCCUCUUACAGCGGCUCCCACCUCAGAUCGCCGCUCAUCCCGCAGAGCUGCUUGGCUGCCGGUGUCUUCAGUUUGCCAACGGAGCGGAGAGGCGGCGGCGCCAUGGUGAGUCCCGGGCAGAAAGUGGUGCUGAUCACCGGCUGCUCCUCCGGUAUCGGCCUGAGGAUGGCCGUGAUGCUGGCAAAGGAUGAACAGAAGCGUUAUCACGUCAUAGCCACAAUGCGUGAUCUGAAACGUAAAGAUAAGCUGGUAGAGGCAGCGGGGGAUGCAUAUGGGAAGACUCUCUCUCUGGCUGUCCUCGACGUCUGCAGCGAUGAGUCCGUCAAACAGUGUAUUAAUGGCAUCAAAGAUCGACAUGUGGAUGUUCUUAUCAAUAAUGCAGGUAUCGGCCUGGUGGGUCCUGUGGAGAGCAUCCCCAUUGAAGAGAUGAAGAAAGUGUUCGAGACAAAUGUCUUUGGGGUCAUCCGCAUGAUAAAGGAGGUGAUGCCUGAUAUGAAGAAAAGAAGAGGAGGACACAUCAUUGUGGUCAGCAGCGUAAUGGGACUGCAAGGUGUGGUGUUUAAUGACGUGUAUGCAGCUUCCAAGUUUGCCAUGGAGGGCUUCUGUGAGAGUUUGGCUGUGCAACUCUUAAAGUUUAACGUCACACUGUCAAUGAUUGAGCCGGGUCCAGUGCACACGGAAUUUGAGGCAAAGAUGAUCCAGGAGGUGAAGCAGAGGGAGUGUCCUGGAGCUGAUCCUGACACAGUGCAUUACUUCAAAAAUGUCUACCUUCCUUCUUCUAUCGACAUCUUUGAAACACUGGGACAAACACCUGAUGACAUCGCCAGAUGCACCAAGAAAGUGAUUGAAGCAAGCAGCCCACGUUUCCGUAAUCUGACCAACGCUAUGUACACGCCCAUCGUAGCACUGAAAUAUGCUGAUGAAACCGGAGGCCUGUCUGUCCAUGCCUUCUACCACAUGCUCUUCAACCUGGGCCCUCUCAUGCACAUCAGCAUGACCGCCAUGAAGUACCUCACCUGUGGAUGUCUGAGGAGCAGGACAGUUUCACCAAAUUAAAAACUCCUGUUUUGUACACCAGUGUGAAUAACACAAACACACUCUGUAGACCGGAAUAAAAACUACACACUACCAUGGCUUAGGUUGUCAGGGUAUCUCGAAAAACAAUUCAAAAAUACAGUACCUGCCCAAGGUCAUGUAGCAAAAGUCACUUUAGUGCAAAUAAAGAAAAAAAAGAAAACAUUAACAAAUCCAUCCAACAGUUUCAAAGAGUUUAUCUUUUGUGACCUGCCAUAUUUCCUUCUAUAUUCUUAUUUCUGUAUAAAACUGUAGCUUAUGAAUGUAUAGAUACCACACCUGAGUUCAGUUGUGCUGAAAUACUAUAACGGUUUUAGAAUUUAUUUUAGCCUACCCAGAGUGCCAUAUAAGUACGGUUUGCACUUAUGAUACAACAUACUGUAGCCCGAUUUUAUCCAAAUCAAUCUCAUAACUUCACAUUUCAGACAGUUUGAAACUGUAAUUGGUUCAGAUAGGCCUACAUCUUGUUUGAUUUGUAGCCUAUGCAUUUAUUUACAUGUUUUUUGGCAU